GCCUGUCGGUACGCGAUCUUGAAAAGCACGCGCAGCUUUGGCUGCCCAAAAAUCCUUCGGCCCGCGGGGGCCCAUCUGGUGAUAGGAUGGCUGCGCCGGAUAACAGACAGAGCUAUCUCGCCGCCGGCAUCAACGCCAUAUCGCCCUGGGGCUCGCGCAACACCACCCCGAAGACAAAGCCCGCGCCCGAAGACGAACAGCCUACCGAGCUGAGUUUGGCCUCGCAACGAGGCGGCGACCAUACCGUCAGCCACAGACACCGGUUGAGCCUGAAGAAAUACCCAAAAGAUUGCCCGCCACUCGUUGUGCAGUGGUUCCAUGCGGUGGAUAUUCCCAAGCGCAAGGCUCUGCCCUUUGGCGGCAACGCCCCCACGCCCGAGAAAUUGCCCGUGCCGAAGAAAUGGAUUACUUUCUCUCCAGGAGACUCUCGCGCGCUUGAAGCAACGUUCCAGAAACUCUCAGACGAAGCCGAGGCCACCGAGCGGCAGAAGCAGCACCACCAGGGAGGUGAUUUAGGGGACACAAAGAAGCCGGAAGAAGCACUGCCCCACUGGCGGCUCAAGGAACGCCAUGUGCGCUGGGAGAGAAAGGAUCGGAUGCUCAAGGCCCACGUGCCUGUAAAUGAGGACUUUCUUUUCGACGUCGAUGUGGAGGAACGAGAAUUGUUGCCGGCUUACUGGCAAGGACCCAUUUACGAGGUUCGCCGCGGCACAUGGUUCUACCAAGACAGUGCGACUAGUCUCCGACCUUGCGACGAGAAUCUUGCUAUGCAGCUUGAGGAGGGAUUUCUGAAAGUAAAGCCAUGGCGGUUUGGACGCCCAACUCAUCAGCGUUCUGCAUCGCAACCGAAGACGCAACAGAUCUCUUCGCAGCCAGGGGAAGACCAGGGAAAGGCAAUUUCAAGAUCUUCAACCGUCAAAUCAACACCAUCUUCGGACUCCAGUAAGGCCGAACAAGGACCUGAGGCUACCGGGAAGGAACUAGGAGCUGAAGAAACUCCAGCAGUACAGGAAAAUCCGAAGACUCAUCGUCUAUUCGGAGCGCACAUGAACUCAGUUGUAACUUAUCAGGAUGCUACGACCGCAUGGCUAUUGACCGACGACUUUCUGUCUCGCAUGAGUAGUACGAUGUACCAACGUUUUGCUGGUGGUGGCCAUUUCGCAGGCGUUAAGCUUAUUCGAGGUUUCGUGGAUCUGAAGUCGGAAAGAGAAAAGGCAAAAAAGGCAAAACCAAAGGACGAGAAAGAGGCCGAGUCGGAAAACAAAAUCGCAACCCCUUCAAAGCAGGGCUCGACAGCAGCAGAUGGUUCGUCGGGUGAUCAGAGUGAGGCCGAGGCCGAAACCCCUUCCGAAACGCGGCGCCGCACUCUUGAGCGCCAAAUGUCCAAUUUGAUGGCAGCUGCGCGGCCAGAUGACCCGGAGAAGCAAGAAGAGGAAGUCCGUAAGCGAGCGGAGAGGGAGAUUCGAGACGACUACAAAGAGCAAGAAGGAGACGAACAAGGCAGAGAUAUUGAACAUCUCCUGCUGGUGACGCAUGGUAUCGGACAACGCUUGGGUAUGCGGAUGGAAUCUGUCAACUUUGUACACGACGUCAACACCCUUCGAAAAACCCUCAAGACCGUCUACACCAACUCGGCAGACCUACAAGCUCUUAAUAGCGAGGUUGAUAAGUUGCCAAAGAACUGUCGCGUUCAGGUCCUGCCCAUCGUCUGGAGACAUUUACUAGACUUCCCCAAACAGAGUCUGAAGCAUAACCGCGAAGAGUUUGACCUUGGAGAUGCUCACGUCAACGGAGAGGAUGAAUUUCCCAGCCUGGAAGACAUAACUGUCGAAGGCGUACCUGCUGUACGAAACCUCAUCACUGAUCUUGCUUUGGAUGUCUUGUUGUUUCAGAGCCCGGCCUACAAAACCCACAUCACUCGAAUUGUUCGCCAAGAAUGUAACAGAAUUUAUGGGCUCUUCAAGGAACGUAACCCGAGCUUCGACGGCAAGGUCAGCCUGGUCGGGCACUCCCUCGGAUCGGCAAUUAUGUUUGACAUUCUUUGCAACCAAAAAGACGAGCAGGCGCAAAAGGAACGACACAGGCAUCACCAGAGGCACCGCAGCGAAGACCAGGGAGUCAAGCUAGACUUUGAGGUUGAGGACUUUUAUGCCUUGGGCUCGCCAAUCGGACUCUUCCAAAUGCUCAGCGGCCGCACCAUUGCUGCUCGUGGAACGCACGCAGAACCGCCAAUCGCAACCUCGGAUCCAUUCCUCGACGAUCCAGCCGCCGCAACCGCGCACCCACCCCUCUUGGACAUCACGACGUCAUCGCCGAAAUGCGAGCGCGUCUUCAACAUCUUCCACCCCACCGACCCCAUCAGCUAUCGUCUCGAGCCGCUCAUUUCCCCGGCCAUGUCGACUCUCAAACCGCAGCCACUGCCCUACACAAAGAAGGGCAUCUUCGGCGCGCCUGUCGGGCAGGGCCUGACGGGCAUCGGCGCCCGCGUGGGCCAGUCCGUCUCGGGGCUCUGGUCGUCCUUCAGCUCGGGCAUCGCGAGCUCGCUGCUCAACCGCUCGCUCGGCCUCUCGGCAGAUGACGCGUCGAAGCUAGGAAACCCCGUUCCAGGGCAGCAGUCGCGCGUGCCGCUGUCGGUAAGCGGGGCGGGCCCGAACGCGGCUGCUGGCGGGGGUGGGCCAUCGGCGCAGGGUGGCGGCGCAGCAUCAUCAGCAGGAGCAGCAGCAGGCUCAUCGCUCGACGCCGAGGCAGCAACGGGCGGCGACGAGCGCAAGCGCAAGCUCGCGCAGGACGGCAGCAUCACGGUGGGCGACGAGGGCCAGCGCCCGCAGACGCUGAUCGACGGCGAGAUCGAGACGCUGUACUCGGGCUUCCAGAAGCGGCGUAAGAGCCAGCAGGCGGGGCUGGGCGGCGACGACGCCGAGGCGCAGCAGCAUCAGCUGCAGCAGCAGUCGGCUGAGUGGCAGGAGGUCGAGGAGCGUAGCCGCAAGUUGAGGCGCGAGGAGGCUAAGGUGCGCGCGCUGAAUAGUAAUGGUCGCGUGGAUUAUAGUAUCCAGGAAGGCGCCUUCGACAUCUCGCUCCUGGCCAGCAUCGCCAGCCACCUGUCGUACUACGCCGACGAGGACGUCAGCCACUUUAUGAUCUCGCAGCUGCUGGCGCGGCAUCGCGUCAUCAAGCGGGUCAAGAGCGCGCCCGACUUUAAGGGUGUGAGUUGAAUUGAGUGAUGGGUGGGGUGUUUCGUUUCAAUCAUCAUUCCUUUUUUUCUUCUGGGUGGUUGGAGAAGUAGUGGUAGAGUGAGAGAUAGACAGGAGGGGAAGGGAGGAAGGUGGCUUGUGUAGCCAGAGUUGUGUUUUGUUGCGUACCCGUAUCUCCAUCUAUUCUGAGAGACGGACGGACAGACGAACGUGGUUGA